UAUAAUUACCAUGUUACAACUGAACAGUGGGUUCGGCAUGGGCAGUGGAUGGGGUGGAGCUUUUGGCUAGGAAAAUGUAACAGAGCCUCCGCUAACAGCAAAGAGAGAAGCUGCUGCUUGUCGUCACUUUCACUGCUCUGUACUUCAACUCAGAUUCCCUGAGUUAAUCCUCAUUCAGAUUUGAAUGCAAGCAUCAAGCUUUUGCUGCACUUGACAGAAUUCCACGAAGGAACUACAAUGGCUCAGACAUGUCUUAAUCUCACCACUACAGUUGAGUGUAACUGCUCAGUCAGUGACUUCAAACGCACUGUCUACCCAGCUGCCUAUCUAUCUAUCUUUUUCAUUGGACUGAUUGGAAACCUUGUGUCAUUAUGUUUCUUCAUUGGUGUGAGGAGGUCAAUGAAGGCCUUCACUCCAGUCAACCUCUUCAUGAUGAACCUCCUCAUAUCAGACCUGAUGUUGGUGUGUUCUCUGCCAUUCCGAGCAGUCUACUACCUCUUGGAUUCCAACUGGGUUUUUGGAGACAUCACUUGUCGCAUCAUGGCUUUUGUGUUCUACAUUAACAUGUAUGGCAGCAUUUAUUUUUUAAUGGUGCUUAGCAUAGUUCGCUUCGUGGCCAUUAUCAGACCAUAUAGUUACAUGCACUCUCAGAAUAGCCGAGGAGCUGCUCUGAUAUGUGUCUUGGUUUGGCUGUUGGUGUCUUCAUCCUCCAUCCCUCUUUUAGCUUCAAAAACGUCUCAGGAUUCAUCUGGUAACACCAAAUGCCUGGAGCUGGAUGAGUCUUUGCUGAAUAGCAUUUUGAUUCUAAACAAAGGUGCUUUGUGCUUGGGCUUCAUUCUACCCUUCAUUGUUAUCUCUUUCUCUUAUAUAAUUGUGGCUGGGAAAUUGCUACAGAAAAAAGGGAAAGAGAAAAAAGCAGUGCACUACAAAAAGUCUUGCUCUCUGGUAAUCAUUGUUCUCCUCAUUUUUCUAGUAUGCUUCUUGCCUUAUCACGUUGUGCGCACAGUUUUUCUGGAUGCUGAAAAAGAGGCAUACGAGAAAGGUUACGGGGAUUCAUGUCAGCGCAUUGCAUUCAUAAGAAAAGCUGCAGUUGUCACGCUCUGCCUGGCAGCGUGCAACAGCUGCUUGGACCCUGUCCUCUACUUCUUCGUAGGAGAAAACUUCUGGAGCUACUGGAAGAAAAAGAGAAGACGGUCCCAAAGGAAAAGAUAUAAUCACAGGAAUAAGGACACAAGAAAUACUACUAGGGCAGAGCAGUGAGACAGCCAUGGUCAGAGUGACAGCUGAAAAAGUGAACUUGCAUUAGAGUUUUGCAAUAACAUUAUACCCAGUGAAGCGUGACACCCGUUUUGAACUGUGCCCAAAAUAUUCAACCUGUGUCUGUAUCUUUAGGAUCAAAUUGUUUUCUGAAGCAUUCAAAAUGACAAUGUUUUUCUUUGUAAUAGCAUAUUAGAGCCCUUCAGCCUGGUAAUAGAAUUGUAGGUACGUUAAAUGGGUACAUUGUAGGUACUUUAAAAAAGUAUUUGUUGAGAAAAAUAAAAAUAUUGAGUUAAUGCAUUAGGAUUGUUGAGAUUUGCUUGAUGUUCUCAUUCAGAACAUCUUUCAGUCUAAUCAUGCAACAGAGGUAAGCUAAUGAAGCGUUAGGAGUCUUGCUUAGGGACACUUCUGGGCAUGGAAUCAAACCAUAGUCUGCUGAGCGAAUUCCAGAGGUGUUACCUAAGUUGUUAUACAAACCAUAAUCUAAAGAGCAUAAGAGUAAUGUUACCAUUGGCAUUUCUAUUGAACACAACAGGUAUUCAUUUGCUCUGCCAGGAUGUAAAACACACAUACAAACGGUUUUUGAAAGUUAUUUAAACAUUCCAAUUAUCUAUUAAAUACUUGUUGAGACAUGGUGCUUGUUUAAUAGAAAUGACAAUUGCAACAUCGCUCUUCUGAGCUUUAGGUAAUAGUUGGUAUAGAGGACUGGGUGACACAGCUGCCCUCCACUCAGCAUACUGUGUUUUCAUUCUCUGCUUAGAAACGUACUAAGAGUCUUUAGGCAAGACUCCUAAUGCUACGUUCUAUGUUAUACCUUGAUAACAUUAUUAUAUAUUAUCAUACUGGAUAAAACAGUCUGCUAGGAUUUGUAGGAGUAUUAAUGUUUAAUGUUUAGUCAACUAGUCAUCAUUAUCAAAUGAAAAAGACAGACAUCUCUACAUAUUUUGUGUGUAGCUUGCUAACAAGGGCUGGGUCAGAGAUGUGAGAUGUGCACUGCAGAGAACUUUUGUUGUAUUUAAGAAAGUUUGAGACUCUCACAGAGAACAAGUUUGAGUCUCUUACAGAGAACCUCCACUGGAAAACAAGUAAUUGUUAAUCAAACUAAAUGCUAGAAGCAAGCAGUUGCAUUUACUCAGCAGUAAACUUCUAAGAGCGAGAUUCAGGCCAAAUCACUGAAGCAGGAAACACUCAUGACAUCCCAAAUCUACUCAGUCAGGCUUAUGAGCCAAUAUUUCAGCACAGUUUUGCUCACCCUACAGCAUUUUUGGAUUUGUACUAUUUCCACAGUGAUAAAAUAUUUUGGGCUGUGUAUUUAGCUGAAAAAAAUGAUUUCCAUUUCGUCCUCCUGCCUCUUCAUUGCAGUUUUUACCACAGCUGUGUGUCACUGUGUGUCACUGUGCUCAACUAGUUGACUGCUGCCCACUGCAGAUUUAUUAGUCAUCUUGUCGACUAAUCUACGCAACCCCUACUGUCUGCCAAAUAAUGUAAAUAUAAUAUAAGCUAAAUAUAAGAUUUUAAUUGCAGCCUAGAGCUGGAUGAACAAAAUAAAUCUAAGCUAGCUAAACAAAUGAACCUAAGUAAUGAUGACUAUAAAGGAAGCUGUUAAGAAAACUCAAAAGUAGUAAUUCUAUGGCAUUGAGGAAAGAAUACUGCUCCACUUUUAAUAAAACAUAAUAAUGAACAUUCCUAAAUAUUUCUCAACUCGGAUGCACAGAUCUAGGAGAAAUCUUGACUUGGUGUAGAACCUUUACAAUAUAGGAAGGUUUUUUAAACUUUCAAAUGUUUUUUACAUCUUAUUUACAAAAGUGGUUCCUUAAAGGUCCAUUUAUUGAAAGGAUUUUAGGGAAUUAAAAGUGGUUUCUUCCAUGGCAUCACUCUAAAGAACUUUUUUUUGUAUAGUGUAUUGAUGACUCUGUACCUCCUAAUAUUGUAAAAUAUGCAUAUUCACAGUUUUUAAUGGAAUAUUAUGCUUACUGUUAUUGUAAUGUCCCUUUGCACUAUAUAUUAAAAUGAGGCACUUAAAGGUACAGUGUGUAAGAUUUAGGGGGAUCUGUUCAUGGAAUAUAGUAUACAAAACCAUAUUUUCAGUGUAUAGUCCUGUAACUACAAAUUGUUGUGUGUAUGUUAGCUUAGAAUGAUCCUUUUAUAUCUACACAGAUGGCAGGUCCUUGUCCAACAGGGGCCUCCAUGUUGCGCUGCCAUGCUUCUACAGUAGCCUGGAAUGGACAAGCCAAACACUGGCUAACCAUUUUAUGUUUGUGUUCUCAUGUUGUGAGAAGUUUGAGAACCAUACCUAUUACUUAGCACAAGAAAAAGAGGGAAGGAGAGCUCAGCCUAGAGUUUAUGCUUGUAUUUUUGACAUUAUCUGUGGUUCAAAACUUUUUUAUUGUAAUGCAGAUUAUUUUUGAUACCAGUGUACCAAAGACACAGAGUACAAUUGUCUAACCUUCAAACACUGAAUUCCUAUUAAAGUUGCAUACACAUUUUACCAGCCUA